GAUUGAGAGCAUCGUGAGUGGCCACAGUGCAUACGCGUGCAGAUACAACAACGGCCGGAUGGAUUGCGUGCACCAGACGACGACUGGUGGUGGCAGCGGAGAGCAGGAGGGAGCACAGCAGCAGACGACAGUGGAUGCGGAAGAUGCUGGAACGCCCAACGAGCUGCAAUCGGGAGGGUGUAAUGCCACGUCGAUCGCCGCCGCCGAUGUGUCCCAGCGGGAAAAGCUAACGGUCUGGGAUCGGUACGUCGUGCACGGCAUGAUUGACAAGGGCACGUUUAGCACGGUCUCGCUGGCGACGCUGCGCAGCGAGCAGCAUCUGCCGGUCGGCGCCCGGCGCCAGUUCGCGAUCAAGCUGAUCACGCCGACGAGCCACCCGACUCGGAUCGCGCGCGAGAUCCUGUGCAUGCGGAAGAUCGGUGGCCAGCGGAACGUGGUCGGGCUGGUCGAUGGCUUCCGGCACCAGGGUUCGGUCGGGCUCGUGAUGAACUACAUUCCGCAGGAACCGUUCCACCAGUACUACGCGCAGCUGACCCCGGCCGAGGUGCAGCGCUACCUGCGGCAGCUGCUGAUCGCGCUCGAGCGUGUCCACCUGCACGGCGUGAUCCAUCGGGACGUGAAGCCGAGCAAUUUUCUGCACAGCCCGCGCCACGGCGGCACCUACGUGCUGGUGGACUUUGGGCUCGCGCAGGAAACGGACCAGGGCGUGCUGUCGCUGCGCGCGCCCGAUCCCUGCCCCGAGACUGCUGCUCCUGCCAAGUGCGAGCAGGAGAAGCCGAAGCAGACCGGCCCGGUCGUCCCGGUGCGGAAAGCGCUCAAGCGUCCGCUCAAACUCUCGAAUAGCACUACGAACGAUCUCGGCGGCGUACCAUCGCGGCCCAACAGCUCCGGUGGUCGCACCACCGACGCCAGCCGCCCACCGCCGCCGUCCGCGUGCAGCUGUUACGGCCGGGCGCAGGUGUGCAACCGGUGCCUGGUGCGGCCGGAGAUGAAUGCGCCGCGGGCCGGUACGCCCGGCUACCGGCCGCCGGAGGUGCUGCUGAAGUAUCCGCACCAGACGACCGCCGUCGACAUCUGGGCGGCGGGCGUCAUCUUUCUCGGGCUGCUGAGCAAGCUCUACCCGUUCUUCGGCAACGUCGACGAUCUGACCUCGCUCGCGCACAUGAUCGAGGUGUUCGGGUACGAGCGGAUGCGGGAAACGGCCCGCGCCCUCGACCGCACGCUGCACUGCGAUGCGGUAACGAUGGCCAAACGGCCGUACAGCUUGCGUCGCCUGUGUCAGAACUUCCGCGCGAUCCACUAUGGGCGCGAGCUGGGCUCCGGUGCGGGCGGCGGCGAUGCGGGUGGAGUAGCCGUAGCUGGCGGCUCUAGUCCGCCGUCCGGGCGGGACGAGGAGCAGCGGUACGGUUGCGAUAACUGUUGCAAACCGCCCGACACCUGCCUGUGCCAGAGGCGCCGCGCCGUUGGUGCCAGUGCUGGCGACGACGAGGCGGAACCGGUCGGCGACACGGAUUGCGAUGAGUACGGGCCCGAUGCGUACGAGCUGCUCGAACGGCUGCUCGAAACGAACCCGCACCGCCGCAUUAGCGCGACCGAGGCGCUGCAGCAUCCCUACUUUCAGGUGCAGUACUGAAAACGCACUAUCAUCACACACUGCCGUGCGUCACCGCUGCCACACCGUACGUUACACCACGCACGCAGUCGCCGGAAGUGCGAGAUUGUGCAAAUGUGUAACGCAAGACUAACGAGCUCCUAGCCCCCAAGCAAGACCAGGCGGUAGGGUCAAUUAUGAAGCCAGUAUAUAGAUAGGAAAUGAAGACAGGAAAAAAAAAGAAAAAAAGAGAUUUUUCGCGAGCGCGCGCUUGAUCGAGUGGAGUGCAGAUGGAUGGAGACAGAAAAGGAGAGAGAAUGUGAGAGAGAUUAUCAUUGCAUAGUACAUUAUACUUGUUUAAGUUACCACCGAAUAGAUAACGACACGUGCUCUUGCUGCCCCUGAUCGCGUUCUCACGCGCGUGUUGUGCAUUGUAAGAUCGUGUAAGAGCGCGCACACCGCCACCGCCAAUUGCCGUGCACGCUACACUACUUAGCAAAUGUUACGUUCAAGAAGCUAUACCAAGAAUGUGCCCCAUAGAGCGAGACAGAGAGAGAGAGAGAGAAUGUGUGAGAAAAUCCCGUACAACUACGACCUUGUCAACGAUUGCCAGUAUACAACCAACACCCGUCCGCGCACGUGCAAUAGAGAGAGAGAGAUAGAGGGAAGGAAAGUGCAAGCUAGGAAGGGAAGCUAACAUUCCUUUUCGUCCUAAAAUCAUCCCGCUCCUAUAGCGGGGACGACGAUACACUGUUUACCAAAAGCGAGAAAAGACUAGCGGCUAGCUGAAAGAAUCCAAACCGAACGGUCGUUACAAUAUCGAAACAAGCGAACAAACAAACAAACAAACAAUCCAUCAAGAUCAUACAAAACCCUCCAGAGUAGCAAAUUGGCGGCACCCAACCAGUUAAGGUAGUAGCAAACGUUCUGUCCAGCAGACAAACCAGCAAAAGGAGGUUGUGAGUUUGGGCCGACCGGCUGAGCUCGAAUCAGGCCACAUUUCCUUGCACUUUUAAGCAGCGGAAGCAAAUACGAAGACCUCCACACACACAAACACACACAAGGACUACACACUACCAAACGCACGGUAUGGUAGGGCUAUUGAUUGUGUCAACCACACCGCCCCUUUCGUGCCAUAUCGAUAGGGAUGCGCGUUCCUUCGCCCGGUGUUGAUGGUUUUGGCGUUUGUUUGUGAGCUCUCUCGCCGGAGCCGGGACGGAUAGGAAUUUCUAUUUGUGCGUGUGUGAAAGUGUGUGUGUGUGUGUGUGCUGCACUGAAAUUACCGUGACAAAGAACGACUAGCACACAAUAGCAGCAGCAGCAGCAGCAGCAGGCACAGGCACAUUGUUUGUUGAAUUUUGUUUUUUUUUUUCAUUAUUAAUUUAUAUUAACGUACCUUUUUUUGUCAUUGGUUUUAUUAUAAGGCAAGUUUGUUUAGGAAACAAUAUGAUCUAGUUUUGCGCAAACGAGUGCGGACGCGCGCGCGCGCACGCCCCCUCGCGCACACUCACGCCAACCUUCCCCGUGAAGCUUAUUAUUUAUUUCUUCUUUUUAAUCUAUUUUUCGGAAACAAAGGGAGCAGGGGCACGCUAUUAAUUGUGCUUACGACGGUUCCCUCACGCUCAGCGCGUUUUUGUGCUUGUUGUGUGGUACAGCAGUACAGUGUGGUGGUAUCAAUUCGGGGAGUGUAUAUAGUGUGUAUGUAUGAACCUGCGCGUAAAGUCGUCGCCACACCCCACCGUCACCCGCGUCGGACCGCUAGUCGGUGGAAGAGAUUUUGUGCUGAAGCCGUAAUUUUUAAUCUAUUUAUUAAAUUAUUUUUCACCAAACAAACGGUAGGAAGUCUGUUUGAACAGGGAGCAUUUUUGUGUGUGUGUGUACGUGUAAAAGUCGGUGUAUGAAUGUUUAGGGGAGGGCAUGUUUAAGGAAUCAUAGAGAGAGAGAGAGCGAUUAGGGGAUAAACGUUGCGUUUGGUUCCGUUUGUUCCGAGUUUUAAUCCGUUGCUUUUUAGCGUUUGUUGUUCGCGACCUGGUCAUCAUUGGUGUCAUCAUCAUACGAUACGUUCAAUGAUGCGUUUAAGUAAACCAAAUCGGUGUGGCAUGCUGUAUAUGCAACUCCCAACCCAACCAACCAGCUGGAGAGCUAGAGCCGAAACACUCAGCAGCAUUAUAGUUGUAACAUAAAGGGAAGAGAGAGAGAGAGAGAGAGAGAGAGAGAGAGAGAGAGAGAGAGAGAGAGAGAGAGAGAGAGAGAGAGCGAAAGAGAACAUUGAGAGGGCAACAGGGAAACUGAUCGGUGUCGCCGCUUGGUAUAUGGCAUGGCCAGUAGCAGCAGAGCAGGGAAGCCCGGCAGGCAGCGCGCUUGCAAACACCAAAAUGCGCCACCAUCGUGUACGCGCACGAGAACUGCAAUAACAACAACAGCAAACAACAAAAAUAUAGAAAAGAAGUACAACAUUAAACCAAUGGAGGGACAAUUAAGUAGAUCAAAGCAAAAAAAAAAAAAAACAAAACAAAAAACAAAGCGUUUGCACGCAAACCAGCAACAACAAAAAAACAAAAAAAGAAACAACACUCAUAAUCAGUGUUUUUGUUAGCCAAUGGGGAAACCUGGGGAGGGGAAAGAGAAUCGCGCAUCAUCAUCAUUUAUCAUCAUCUAACUGUAGAAUUGUAGUGUCUGUAUGUAUGUAUAUCUAUCAUCAUACCACCUAUGUAUGUAUAUUUGUAUAUGUUGUAUCGUUGGGCCACGGCGCGACGGCAUUAUUGGUUGUGUUCAGGGCCCCAAAUUCAGAAACGAUAUGUUCAUACAAGAGAGGGCACCAAACGAAGAAAGAGAGAGAGAGAGAGAGAGAGAAGGAGAGAGAUGCGCCAGUUGAUAGUGAAUUGUAUUGUUUCAUUACUUGUUUUUUGUUGAAUUCUAUUGCACUUGCAAACGAUCGCCACUACUCUCGCAUCUUUAUCGUAUUUCGAAUGCAUUAUCCUCAUCCCCUUCCCCUUCUCGCCCUAUUCCACUCCGUAAGCAAAAAUAAAACAAGUGCUGAUAUGAAAAAACACAUGAUUUCCUCGCUAUCAUCGUCCGUUCACCCCAGUGUUUUGUGUGCGUGUGUGUUAGUAGCGUUGUAGUAAAGUAUUUUUUGUUUCCUUUUCGUGAAAUUAAACACAAUAUCCCGUCAGCUAGAGAGCGAGAGAUAGAGAUGAUCUCAUCGGUUGUGGUUUAAAGCCGCGCGCCUGCUGGUGGUGGUUGCAUCCAGCACUCGGAAGCGGUAAUGCAUUGCGCACUUGUAACAAUGAAAACUGGCAAAGCUCGUUUUUGGUAAUAGGCCUGGGAAAUACGGAAUAACAAUCGGCAAAUUCUGUAGGGAGAAGGAAACAGAUCGAACGAACGAGGUGUAAGGAUAAAACGGUGGUGCACUUGUAUAAUGGUGGUGUGCGUUUUUGGGGGGGGUCCACAUGAAAACGCAAGGCAGCGAAGCCUAUAUGCUACUGUGCAGCAGUGACUGGGAAUGUAGGAAAGUAGCACAAUUUGAAUGUAAAAUGUAUUUUAAAGCGUAAUACCAAGCCGCCCGUGCAACCAACGUUGGUUGUACGCGAUGAGGGGGCAGAAGACAAACGAGAUCCAAGCGUGCCAGAUACAUUAAACGCAAUAUCGUCUUCAGUGAUGAAAAAUGCA